AUGGAAGCUAUCAAGAAAAAGAUGCAGAUGUUGAAGUUAGACAAGGAGAAUGCCAUUGACAGAGCAGAGCAGGCUGAGACAGAUAAGAAGGCAGCUGAGGACAAAUGCAAACAGGUAGAGGAUGAGCUGGUAGCUCUGCAGAAAAAGUUGAAAGGAACUGAAGAUGAGCUGGAUAAGUACUCGGAGGCUCUCAAAGAUGCCCAGGAAAAACUAGAGCAGGCUGAAAAGAAGGCCACUGAUGCUGAGGGUGAGGUGGCGGCUCUGAACAGACGUAUCCAGCUAGUGGAAGAGGAGUUGGAUCGUGCCCAAGAACGGCUGGCCACAGCCUUGCAGAAACUGGAGGAGGCCGAGAAAGCAGCGGAUGAGAGUGAGAGAGGAAUGAAGGUUAUUGAGAACAGAGCAAUGAAAGACGAAGAGAAAAUGGAAAUUCAGGAAAUGCAGCUGAAGGAGGCUAAGCAUAUCGCUGAAGAAGCCGACCGCAAAUACGAAGAGGUUGCCCGAAAACUGGUAAUUUUGGAGGGUGAACUGGAAAGAGCUGAAGAGCGUGCAGAGGUGUCUGAAGUUAAAUGCAGUGACCUUGAAGAGGAGUUAAAGAAUGUCACUAACAACCUGAAGUCUUUGGAAGCUCAGUCUGAAAAGUACUCGGAAAAGGAAGAUAAAUACGAAGAAGAAAUCAAGAUUCUCUCUGACAAGCUUAAAGAAGCUGAAACCCGUGCUGAAUUUGCGGAGAGAACAGUCGCCAAACUGGAAAAGUCUAUUGAUGACCUGGAAGAAAAACUUGCUCAAGCAAAAGAAGAGAACGUGGGGUUGCACCAGACACUGGACCAGACACUAAACGAACUGAACUGUAUAUGAGGUGGCGAAGAGCGCUCUCCGCGGCCGGCAGGAGCCGAAACCCGCAUCUGCAUGUACCGUCCCGCCCCUCUCCCUCCCUCCCUGUCUAUCCCGGGGAAAACCAUCCCGUUACGAGCAGCACAGACGUACGUGAGGCUGUGGGC